AUGCAACUUGAACCUCCUGAUGAGGAUUUACCUGCCAUCCAGGUCUCUUUAAGUGAAUUUGUCUCAGCUGCAGAACAGAUGUUCACGCCAGACCAACUAGAGAAUUUUCUUCGCUUUGUGCUUGCUGGACGCCUUCAAAGCCAUGAUAAGCUUGUUCGGAUAUUUUUAAAUGCAAGACAAGGAGCCCUUGCACCUCCUAUUUCCAAAUUUCAAGUGUACAGAGACAUCGACUCUGUUAUAGGCAUUACACAGGAUUUACCAUUCCGAUUACCUAUGGCUAUCUUUCCCUUGGCAUCAUUCCGUGAUACCCUUACUGAAGACAAUCAUUUAAAAUGCUCUCUAUCUUGUGCAAAGAAUGUUAUAGGUGUCUCACUUCACCGAAUUCCUAACAUGGCAUUGGGGAAAGUUGAUCGACGUCAUAUCACCCGUAUCUUCUUCCCUGGAUUGUAUUGCCAAGGCCAAAAUCCUGCCAUUCCUCCAGACACGAUGACUUUAAUCUAUGAAAAGUGCCUUCGGCCUGCUGUUGUCAGUCUCAAUCCUGUUGAUCGGAGCCGAUGGCCAAUCACAUACUCAGCUGCCAUGAAUUUGUAUCGUGAUCUCAAAGGACAAUUUCACUUCAGUACAAUCGAUUUCCCAUCUAACCUCUUGGACCAGCUGGGGCCCAAACUUCUGGAAAUGUUCCAGAUACAAGAUGGGCUACAGGACGCAUUUUUUGUUCAUGAACUGCGGGGAACAAAAGGUGCAUCUCACCAUGAUCCAUCCAAUGCAGGAGCAAGACGUACUGCUCUCAAUACUGUAUUCCAUUUUUUCGACAUGUCGCUUGUCAGGCCAGAGGACUGGGUGGUUGAUAUUGGACUGGAAAUCCAACAUGAAGGCCAUGUAUUGCAGUGGCUUACCAAAGGCCACCUUCAGUAUCGAAUUAUCAGCCAUGCUGAUUGGAAUAACCUGGUAUUCAAACGCUAUUUUCCAGCCAAAGGAGCCUCAACAGUUAAGGCUCUUCAGCAUUUUCCAUCAGCAUCAUACUAUCGGCAAUGGCACGCUCUUAUGGAUAGGCUUGAUGAAGAUAAGGCAGAGAUCAUUCAGAAUGAUUUGAUGCAGUGGUUUAAUGAACUGUACUGGGUACCCCAUCCAGAAAGUGACCGUAUGUGGUCUACCAAAAAAGGUGGUAAGGAAUGGAUAAUGUUGCCUCCUGGAGAGCAGAGGAAUUGCCCACAUAUAGCAGUCAAUUCAAGAUUUAUUGACAAGGAUGCAGCCGUAGUGCUGGUUGUAGGAACUUCUGAAAGGCAGCACUAG